CUUCUUAGGGCAUUACAGGGCCUCUUUGUGUGAGAGAAAUGCCUCUGAACUCAAAGGCAGCAUGAUGGAUGUUUACAUGUGAGUGCCCACCCAGACGGGGGUCGUAUAAAACUUCUCAAAMGGAGGAGAAGCAUUUCAGCUGAAGAGACGGACGGAGAGGCAGAAGCAGCCAUGGCAUCUUUGGGGCUGCAGAUUCUUGCCGUCACUCUGGCCGUGCUGGGAUGGGUUGGAAACAUCCUGAUCUGCAUGCUGCCUCUGUGGAAGGUCUCGGCCUUCAUUGGGAACAACAUCGUGGUCGCUCAGACCAUCUGGGAGGGCCUGUGGAUGAGCUGUGUGGUGCAGAGCACAGGUCAGAUGCAGUGCAAAGUCUACGACUCCCUGCUGGCUCUGCCUCCAGACCUGCAGGCGGCUCGAGCCAUGAUCGUCAUCUCCAUCCUCUUCUCCCUGUUUGGCCUCCUGCUCUCGGUGGUGGGUGGCAAAUGCACCACCUGCAUCGAUGAUGAAGCGGCAAAAGCCCGUGUAUGCAUCUCUGCGGGGGGUUUCUUCCUCCUGAGUGGGGCUCUGUGUCUCGUGACCGUCUCUCUGCCUGCAAACACCAUCAUCAAGGACUUUUACAACCCCAUGGUGCCCGACGCUCAGAGGAGAGAGCUGGGCGCGUGUUUGUACGUGGGCUGGGGGGCCGCAGGCCUGCUGCUGAUCGGCGGGGCUCUGCUGUGCUGUCAGUGUCCGUCAGGAGGAGAUCGCUUCAACAGUCCAAAAUACGCCCCACCAAAAUCCACAACGCCUGGGAGAGAGUUUGUCUGAGCUGCUGCAGACCUGAGCAUUYGUCAGGGAGAAAAUGACUUCACAUAGAAAACAAACCUGUCUCUGUCAGGAUGGGUUUUGCAUUGAGAGGAGUUCUGUUUGACUAACAAAAAGUGGCACCUGUUUGUGAAAGACAGGAGAUAUCUAAGUUUUUAUCAUGUCAGAUUAACCUUCUAACCUUUAGCUUUGGUGCUUUUUUAUUUCUUAACUGUGUGCAUUCAAACUUACAAGAUCUUUCUUACAAUUUUUUUUUACGUUUUUUUUAAAAGAGAAGCACUUGUUCGUCAUGCGAGAUGUAUUUUUAAGAGUAUUUUUGAUCGAAUAAUAAACAAUUCGUUUGUCAAAAAUGGAAUGUUUACAGUUUUUUGCUUAGAAGAAAAACACCUAAUUUGUUGUUCUAGAGACAGUUUGACAUGUCAGAAUGCUGCAUUAAAUGUAAAUGAAUGGAACGCAA